GCGUGUGGUGCGUGCGUGCGUGCGGGCGCGCAAGUGUUGUGUGUAAAUGCCGUGGAAGGAAACGCAAGACUCACAGAUGCGUGACUACGCCAGCAUCGGCGGCUCCGGGGCGAAGAUCCUGGUGGGCAAUCUGCCAGCUCACGUUAGAAUCGAGGACGUCGAGCAGCUCUUCUCGAACUAUGGACAAAUACAAAACUUCGAGAAGGUGACGUCGCGCGAUCCUAGCACCCAAGCUUUCCUCGUCAGCUAUGAGACGCCAGACCAGGCACAGCAAGCCGCGAACCAGCUGAACGGUUACGAAUAUGAGGGCAAUCCCCUGAAAGUGGACAUGUCGACGGCGGAGAGUCGGCGUCGCGGACGCAGCCAACGAGGAGGUGUCGCCUUUUCCGGUCUACCGAGCUCCGGUCGUCAAACGGACUUCCCACUACGGAUUCUCGUCCAGUCGGAUAUGGUCGGCGCGAUAAUCGGUCGCCAGGGCUCGACCAUCCGGCAAAUAACGCAGAUGACCCGCGCCCGUGUGGACGUGCACCGCAAGGACAACCUCGGCUCCCUCGAGAAGGCCAUCACGAUCUACGGGAACCCGGAGAACUGCACGAACGCCUGCAAGAAGAUCCUGGAGGUGAUGCAUCAGGAAGCCAACAACACGAACAAGGGCGAGAUCACCCUGAAGAUCCUCGCGCACAACAACCUGAUAGGUCGCAUUAUCGGUAAAGGCGGCAACACCAUCAAGAGGAUCAUGCAGGACACUGACACUAAGAUCACAGUGAGCAGCAUCAACGACAUCAACAGCUUUAACCUCGAGCGCAUCAUCACCGUCAAAGGUAGCAUUGAGAAUAUGAGCAAAGCCGAGGCGUUGAUAUCCAGCAAACUUAGGCAGAGUUACGAGAACGACCUACAGGCAAUGGCGCCUCAAAGUAUGAUGUUCCCGGGUCUACACCCGAUGGCGAUUAUGUCGACGGCGAGUAUGGGAUACAGCUCGCGGGUACCGGCCCUAUACAACUCCGGCCCCGCGCCUUACUCUUACCAGGGUAAUCUCCAGGCCCAGCAGAGCGUACCGACGAGUGACGCCCCGGAGACGACGUUCCUCUAUAUACCGCAUCACAGUGUAGGCGCUGUCAUUGGUACCAAGGGCUCCCACAUCAGGAACAUAAUUCGGUUCUCCGGUGCGAGUGUCAAGAUCGCUCCCCUCGAGAUGGACAAUCCGCCUGAGCAGCAGGUCGAGAGAAAAGUCACCAUAGUCGGAUCGCCCGAGAGUCAGUGGAAGGCUCAAUACUUGAUCUUCGAGAAGAUGCGCGAAGAGGGCUUCCUGUCGGGUACCGAGGAAGUAAGGUUGACGGUAGAGAUCCUAGUACCCUCGGCUCAGGUCGGUCGGAUAAUCGGCAAGGGCGGCCAGAACGUGAGAGAGCUCCAGCGCGUCACCGGUAGUAUCAUCAAGUUAUCGGAACAGCAGUCGACGACACCCGCAGCCGACGAGGAGACGACCGUCCACAUCCUCGGGCCCUUCUUCUCCAUACAGUCAGCGCAGCGCAGAAUCCGCUCGAUGGUGAUGCAGCCUUCUGGUGCACCAGGUAGCGUGACGGGAGUGCUCGGGCUCUCCGGCUCGAGUCUCCCGGGCUCGAGAGCUGGACGCGGCAGUAGUCAAGAAGGAGGGAUACGCUCGCGCCGCGACGGCAGCACGACAUCCCAGCCCGGGGGCUGUGCCACCCCCCAGCAGCAGCAGCAGCAACAGCAAUCCAGCCAAUCGUCGCCCUCUUCGCAGCCUUCCUCGCAGACUCAGCAGCAGCAGAGCCAAUAA